AUUAGGCCCAGUAGAGAAAGCCCGCCUUUCUCCAAAUCAUCAAACCCUAACAUUUCAAAAACUACAGAGAGAAAACCACAGUAUCAAAAAUGGCGGUUCAGAAUCCGACUUCGCCUUCACAUUCACAUUCAUUUCCUACAACUCACAAUAAUCAAUUCUUUGUAUGGAGAGAAUUUUUAUGGGGAGGAAUUGCUGGUGGAUUUGGAGAAGGAAUGAUGCAUCCUGUUGAUACUAUUAAAACCAGAAUCCAAACCCAAUCUUUUCUUCUUUCUGGAACUCAGCAGAGCCAGAAGAGCAUACUUCAGAUGGUCAGAGCUGUCCAUGCGGCUGAUGGUGUAAGAGGCUUCUAUAGAGGUGUAUCUCCUGGAGUUACUGGAUCUCUUGCAACUGGAGCCACAUAUUUUGGUUUUAUAGAAUCUACCAAAAAGUGGAUUGAGGAAUCUCAUCCUAACCUUGGGGGCCACUGGGCUCAUUUCAUUGCCGGAGCUGUUGGGGACACGCUUGGUUCUGUUGUAUAUGUUCCAUGUGAAGUAAUAAAGCAACGCAUGCAGGUGCAAGGCACAAGAACAUCUUGGACUAAUGCUAUCGUUAAACACAACAUCAGUGUAAAAUCUAAUGAGCAAAUGUAUAGCUAUUAUACAGGAAUGUUCCAUGCUGGAAGAUCAAUAUUAAAGGAGCAAGGGCCAAGAGGGUUAUAUGCUGGCUACUGGUCUACACUUGCAAGGGAUGUGCCAUUUGCUGGUCUAAUGGUUAUGUUCUAUGAAGCCCUGAAAGACUUGUCAGAGUAUGGCAAGAAAAAAUGGAUUCCCAGUUUAGAUGACUUUAUUAAUAGUUCUAUGGAGGGGCUUGUUCUAGGAGGAUUGGCUGGUGGUUUCAGUGCAUAUCUUACAACGCCCUUGGACGUUAUCAAAACAAGAUUGCAAGUCCAGGGAUCAACAAUAAGCUUGUGCUAUGCUUCCUAUACAUAAUUGCUUGGACAUCCUCACAGGACUGUAUCUAGUGCACUAGGUGUUUCUUUAAGAUCUUCCCAUCUCACCUUGGUACUUAUGUCAGAAUGCUAUAAACACUCACCUUCGUUUGUGGAUGGCCUUAUGGACUAGAAACUGUGGGCUGUAGCAUACAGCAGAGAAUUAGUGAGUUUUAUCGAGUAUAAUGAAUUCCCUAACUAAUUAAAGGAAACAAAAGUAGGGCAUCUGUUGUUACCUUUGUCAGGAAAAGAACUUGAUUUUUUUUCUUGGCUUUUACACUCUUCUCAGAUGUGCCUUAAUUUGAAAAAAUAAAAAAAUAUGCCAAAAUGAUGGCAAUAAUAUAUGUAGUUAACAUUCUUGUAAAUAAUUUAAGGUACAAUGGGUGGUUGGAUGCAAU